GCAGAGCUUCUUGCACAGUGAGUGCUGGCACCUGAGCCUGGGCAGCUGCAGCAGUGCCAGGAGCAGGGCACAGCAAUAACGCCAGCCAAUGGGGUGACGACGAAACGUGUGCCAGGCUGUUUCCGAUCCCUGCAGGCUUGGUGAGCCGCCAAAGGGUGUCCUGAGGCAGCGAGUGGGAAGGAUCCUGUGGUGCCAUCGCUGCUGGUCCCUGUGGCAUCUCCCUGCAGUGGCAUGAGGGAUGCUGUGCCAGAGGCGCAUGCAGAUGGUGCUGGCUCUGUGCCUGGUGCUGGUCCUCUGGCAGUGUUUCCGAGCCCCUACGGAUAGCCUCCGGCCCCUCUCUCGGGCUCCCUCCUUCCUCAGCGCCCCCCCUGCGAGCUGCGGCGCCAGGGCGAACAGCUCCGCCUGGUUCUGCGCCCGCUACGACGCGGCCGUGGAGCCUCUGCUGAAGCGCACAGCCCCCGAGCUCCCCCCGGACGUGGUUCGCUGGUGGCUGACCCUGCAGGGUUCCCCAAGUGGCAUCCAUCUCCAGGACAUAAUCCAGAAGCUCUUCCACGUCCUCCAGUCCCCGAGCAGUGGUGUGCAGGACCCAUCCUGCUGCAGGAGCUGUGCAGUUGUGGGGAACUCAGGGCGGCUCAGAGGCUCUGGCCAUGGGCUGCAGAUCGAUGCCCAUGACUGUGUGCUGAGGAUGAACAGAGCACAGGUUGCUGGCUUUGAGCUGGACGUGGGCAGGAGAACAACUCACCGCUUCGUGUACCCGGAGAGCGCCGUGGACGUGGGGCCUGAUGUCCGCCUGGUGCUCGUCCCCUUCAAGCCGCUGGACCUGCAGUGGGCGGCCAGCGCCUUCUCCACCGGAGAGCUCACACGCACGUACACCAGAGUGAAGCAGUUCAUCAAAGCCGACAGGAGCAAGGUGCUGGUCCUGAGCCCAACCUUCCUCAAGUACAUCCAGGACAGGUGGACGCAGCGCCGCGGGCGCUACCCCUCCACCGGCUUCACGGCGCUGCUCUUCGCCCUGCACUCCUGCCAGCAGGUCUCUGUGUUCGGCUUCGGCGCGGACAGCGAAGGCAACUGGCACCACUACUGGAAGAGAAACCGCUGGGCCGGAGGCUUCCGCAAGACCAGGGUCCACGACGCCGACGCUGAGUUCAGCACCAUCCAGAGACUGGCAGCCGAAGGCAGGAUCGCGUUCCACCAGUGAUGCGCUGCCGAGAAGCUGAAGCCAGCCGCUGGUGCGGGAGCCGGCAGCCCCUUGCGCUGCCAGCAGCUGCCCGGGCUCCUUAGCUUGCUUCCCCCUGCCAGCGCCGCCACCUGCCUGGCCUCACGCUCCCUGCACUCCCCGGGGGUUCAGGGCUGCUGGGCGCUGUGGGUGCCAGAAGGUGAGGCUCCCGUGGUACCAGGUAGACUGCAUUUGGCGGGACAGGGGCUGGGCAUGGCUUUGCCCGUGCUGGCCGGGAGAGGAUGGGGAGGUGGUAGGGGUGCAGGUGGCCGUGGUGCCUGCGAGCUGCUGUGCACCUUCCGAGGUGCCCACGGAGGCAGUGAGGGCAGCUGCUCAAACGUGGCUGCCUGCAUGGGGGAGCUGAGGGCUCUUGGGGGAGGUCUGCAGCUCUCUGGGAGCAGGGAGAGGGGCACCUUCCCCUCCUCUCUUCUUACAACUAAGGAACCAUUUCCAAAAUCCUAUCACAAAACGAGUAAGAGAGGGGGGAAAAGUCAAGCAGGCUGAAGCAGAAGAGGAGAGGCUCCAGCACAGCUGAAAUGGUCUG